AAAACCAGAAAAUGCUUCACCGGCAGAGAUCAAUUUCAUUUUCCGGCGGUGCUGCACCUGUAUUCGAUGUCUGCUUUGAUGAUGACGUGGCACAGAAUCGAAAUUUCUUGGCACCGUGCCAAUUGUAUUGGAAUGAGCCCGAAGAGCCGGUGGUGGAGCAGGAUGAGCACACAGGUGUCAUGGCAACACUUCACAACAAAUUUGGAGCAAUUAUUCAAGAUGGAAUAGUCGAGGGACAGCGGUUUGCACUGAGUUCGGAUUUAUGGAGGUAUGCAUCCACAUCAACCCACUGUGAUCUUCUCAUCACAAUGCAAUUUUCGAAUGAUGACGUGGAAAACAAGACGUCCGUAAUGUGGUUGGUACAACAAAUGAGAGAACACGAACCAAAUCUACGGAUUGAAGUACGAUACCAUCGAUUGAAUAGUUGUUAUGCUAUUUAUUUGACGGCCGACUAUAAAACACUACUAAAAGGCGCCGAGUUAUGUCACAUCAAGAAAGCCAUAAAAUCAAAGUUUGGCGGCGGAAUGCGAGAUUUUUCAUUUGAAGAAGCGCAAUUCUUUUCUGGAGUUGAAGGAAAAAAUACAUUUUUAUCGCCUAUGGAACGGACAAUAAUUGUAAAACAAAUGAUGGAUAUGAUGAGAGCUGGAAAAGGAGGAUUAUCACUUAAACUUCCAAGAAGAACUAUUACAUUUACGGAGGGAACUGCAAUUGUUCCACGGCUAAUUUCGAUGAAUGUCGUGCAGAAUGUAUCGGCACUGCAUAAUACCGAGUUUUUGAAACAUUUACAACAAAAAUGGGUUUUUUCGAUUGAUGAGCAACCGAUUGAUCAGGUAAAAGACUAUUUUGGAACGGAGAUAGCAAUGUACUUUGCCUGGUUGGGACAUAUGACAACGGCGCUCUGGUUUCCAUCACUUUUGGGCAUUCUCAUGUGGUUUUUGGGUGGCUUCAAGUACAAAAAUAGUCCUGGGGACAAACAGGAUUUGUAUCAGCUAAUCUCUGACAUUUGCUUCGUGCUAUUUGCAUUUUUCAAUUGUAUCUGGUCGACAAUAUAUCUUGAAUGGUGGAAAAGAGUUCAAGCUGAAUUGGCAUUUAAAUGGGGUACAUAUGAUGCAACUCAAGAUUCCUAUCUACAAGACCCUCGACCAGCAUUUCAAGGAGAUUAUUUGGCUCCGAAUCCGGUUUCUGGGAGGUUGGAACCAUUUUAUCCAGCUUGGAAGCACACUGUGAUGAGAUAUGUGAUAACCUACCCUAUCACAUUUCUCUGCGUUGUUGGAAUGUUCGCUGCUAUGCUUGCAAUUUUUACGGUUCAAGAUUUAGCGGAUUUUUAUUUCGGUGAUUCAUGGAUGCUGUCCUGGCUCUGCUAUUUUCCAAUGAUAUUUUAUGCACUGAUGAUUGUUAUCAGUGAUAAAAUCUAUAGACGAUUAGCAUUGAUUUUGAAUGAUUUAGAAAACUACAGAACAGAUGAUGAAUAUGAAGAUUUUCUGAUCACUAAAAUUGUGCUUUUCCAAUUUGUCACCGCAUUUGGCUCACUUUUCUAUAUUGCAUUUGUAUUGAGGGAUAUGAAACGAUUACAGGAGACACUCGCCACACUUCUCAUCACCCGUCAAGUCACCCAAAAUAUUAUGGAAACAGUUGUGCCGUUUAUGAUAGAAAAGCUGAAAUUGAGCAGUUUAACGUAUAAAAUGACACGUAGCAUGAGUGAUGGAACAUUGAGAAGACACGUUGAAAAUGUGAGAAAUAAAAGACAAAAUUCUGUAGAGCAGGAAGAAGAGGAAAAGAGCCCAAGAACUCCUACAACAUCGUUUUUCACGCUGGGAUCUCCCACUACACCUGAAACAGAAGUACGUCAGAGAAAACCAAAUAGUGAUGGAACUCUGGCAACUGGAGAUUUUAAACAAUUAAGAACACUUUCUUCAAUAUUUCGAGAGGAUUUUUCAUUGAAAACAGAGCGCCUACCUCUUCCAGAAUUCAAACCAUGUACGGAUUCAAAUCCAGAACUAACUCAAGCUGAAUUGGAAAGUGUUAUGAGUGUGUAUGCAAGACCUUUGGAUGAUUUUUUGGAAAUGUUUAUACAAUUUGGAUAUGUUCUUCUAUUCUCUCCAGCUUUUCCAUUAGCAGCUGUUUGUGCUUUAAUCAAUAAUUUGAUUGAAAUUCGAGUUGAUGCAUUUAAGCUUUGUAAUACUGUACAACGGCCAUUUGGAAGGAGGGUUAAGGAUAUUGGAGCAUGGCAGAAGGCUAUGGAGAUUCUCGGAAUCCUCGGUGUCAUUGUGAAUUGUGCUUUAAUCGGGCAAUCUGGUUUAGUUCAACGAAUAUGGCCAGAUCUUUCAUGGGGUGGACAAAUCCUUAUUAUUGUGGUCUUGGAGCAUGUGAUCCUGGCGUCGAAAAUGAUAAUUGACAUAUUGGUGCCAGAUGUUCCACAUUGGGUUCGUAUUGAGACUGCGAAGCAGGAACAUUUUAGAAGAGAGGCUUUUAAGCGAGAAUCCCGUCUCCUCUCCUUUACACAAACUCCGCCUACUGACCAAAUAGGCCAACAAUCCCAAAAUGAGCCAAUUAGUCCGUCGGAGAGCACUUCAAGAUUUAAUCGAUUAGAUCAAAUUAAUCGAUCGAAACGAAGAAGUAUCACACCAAUGGUUCGGUUAUCCAGUUUCACAAGAAAACCAAGAAAAGAAGCACAAGAUAAUUGUAUUGAUUGAUGGAUUUUUCUAGUCUUUUUCAUGUACAACGGGAUACAACUUCUCAUUUUUUGUCUAUAAAUAAGUACCACUUUUAUUGUAAUUCAAUUUGUUCAGUUGAAAUGUUUCUGGGAGUUGUGAAAAUUAUUGAAGUACAAUAAAAUAAUUUCAAAUUAAAAAAAAUUAA